AUGUCUCCCAUCAAGACCGUUACCGUGGCAGGAGCCACUGGAAACGUUGGCCCUGCCGUUGUCGAACAGCUCAUCAAGGCCGGCUUCUCCGUCACCAUCCUCAGCCGGCCUGAGGCCAAGCACACCUUCCCUACCGCCGCCAAGGUCCAGCUUGUCGACUACGACUCGCUUGACUCCCUCGCCGCUGCCCUCCAGGGCCAGGACGCGGUCGUCUCUACCCUCGGCGCCGCCGGCUCCUUCAAGCAGAUGACUCUCGUCGAUGCCGCCAUCAAGGCUGGUGUGCAGCGCUUCAUCCCGUCCGAGUUUGGCUGCAACACCGGCAAUCCCAAGGUCGCCGGCCUCCCGAUUCUGGGCUCCAAGGUCGAGUUUCGCACGGCCCUGCAGAAGAAGAUCGCCGAGACCGGCGGCAAGCUCUCUUACACCGGCAUCAUCAACGGUCCCUUCUUCGACUGGGGCAUGCGCAUCGGCUGGCUGGCCAGCCUCAAGCCAGAGGGCGGUUCCAUCGGCCUCUGGGACGGCGGUGACCGCGUCUUCAGCACCACAACGCUGGCAACCGUCGGCCGCGCCGUCGUCGGCGUGCUGCAGCACCCCGAGGAAACAAAGGACCGCCUCGUCUACGUGCAGGACACCGCCCUGACCCUGAAGCAGCUCUCCGAAAAGGCACAGAAGGCUCUGGGCGCAAAGGGCUGGCAGGAGAACUCCAUCUCCGUCGACGCCGCCUUGGCUGAGGGCCACGAGCUGCUGCAGAAGCCUGACGCCAACAUGGGCGCUGUUGCCAUGUGCUUCAUCAACACCGCCAUCUUUGGCGAGGGCUAUGGCGCCCACUAUAAGCAGAACGACAACGAGCUGCUGGGCAUCAAGGACCUCACAGACGAUGAGAUCACUGCACUGAUCAAGUCGCUUUCCAGCUAA